AUUUUAGAACGCAGCCUCGUUAGGGAUAAAAAUUGGUGUAUUUUGGUACACGGCAAGAUUUUCGCGGUAAUCGCGUGAAAUGUCACUCAUAUGAAAUAGGGGUUAAUACUUUGUCGAUGUCACAAAAAGUUUUAAAGAAUAUAACUGUUGAAUUAGAAAAGUUACACGUUUAUUGAUACUUAUUUCAUCGUCAUCGUAUCACACAUUGUAUUUUAUUUAAUUAUCAUGAAGUGUACUAUUCCGGAGAUUUCAUGGCAUAAUCGUGAUCCUGUUUUGAGUAUUGAUGUACAACCGGGAACAAUAAAUUCAGAAAAAAAUGAGAUUUCUUGGCGUGUUGCUACCGGAGGAGCUGAUUCCCACAUUUUGAUUUGGCAUGUCAAAAUUAAUGAAGUUGGUGCAGCAGUUGUAACAUUUAUAGCAGACCUAGAUAGACAUCAAAGAGCUGUGAAUGUUGUUAGAUUUUCACCAUCAGGUGAAAUUUUGGCAUCUGGUGAUGAUGAAUCAGCUAUUAUACUAUGGAAACAAAAGAUAGGUUUUGAGCCACCUCCUCUUGACAGUGAAGAGAAUCAGAAUAAGGAACAUUGGAAGUCGUGGAAGGUCUUAAGAGGACAUCUUCAAGAUAUCUAUGAUAUCAGUUGGUCCCCAGAUUCAACUUCACUCAUCUCAGGCUCUGUAGAUAAUACAGCUAUUUUAUGGGAUAUUCAGAAGGGAAAAAAUAUUGGUAUAAUUUCGGAGCAUAAAGGAUUUGUUCAGGGUGUAGCUUGGGAUCCUGGUAAUCAGUACGUCUGUACCCUGAGCACAGAUAGAAUAUGUCGGCUGAUUGACAUUAAUACGAAGAAAACAGUGCAACGUGUAAGCAAAGCUAAAAUCCCAACACCACCUGGACAUCACCUUGAGGGACAGACAGUUCGUUUAUUUCAUGAUGAUACAUUUAAAUCCUUCUUCAGGAGAUUGACAUUCUCCUUAGACGGUGCAUUGAUCCUAGCACCUUCUGGUAUUAUCGAACCUCAAGAUUCUUCGGAGAAAUUUGCAAACACAACGAUAAUCUUUUCUAGACAUAAUCUCAGAGAACCUAUUGCUGUUUUACCGUCACUUGAUGAAAGUACAAUAGCCAUUCGUUGCUGUCCUAUCUAUUUUGAAUUAAGAGACAAUGGUCCAGCAUCUAUGAUGGCCUUACCCUAUAGAAUGGUUUUUGCUGUAGCCACACAGAAAUCUGUAUUAAUAUAUGACACACAACAGACGUCACCAAUUGCCGUUGUAUCUAAUAUUCACUAUACACGUUUGACCGACGUCUCUUGGUCUUCCGAUGGUCAAAUUUUAGUAAUAUCCUCCACAGAUGGUUAUUGUUCCAUAGUACAUUUCCGAAACGAUGAACUAGGUAAAGCUUAUCAAAUGGAUAAAUCCAUUAGCGCGAACAAUUAUCUAAACAAUAGCAAGAAAAUAUCACAGAAAGUCAGUAUCAAAGACGAUAUUGUAAGUGACAAUCAGCCAUUUUUGGAUUCAGAUAAUAACGCAAUGGACAUUGACAUAAAAAAAACUAAUAUUGAAAGUGAUGAUGACGGCGAUGUGAUGGCAGUAGAUACUGCUUUAACAAAGAAGACACAAAAUGAAGUUGCUAAGGAUAAAACAACAGCAGAAACUGGUAAGAGAAAUGAAAUCGAGGAAAUCAUUGAGGAAACUGAGGAUAUACAUUUAGUGUACAAAGAAGAGAGUACGGUGAAUGAUAUAACAAAUAAUGCACCUGCAAUAGAAGUUACUAAAACUGUCGCAAUAAAUAGUGAAAAGGUGAUUGAGAAAAAUUCAAAGGAUUCUAAGUGCACUAAGCACACUCCACCGAAACCAGAAAUAACUUCCAUGACUUUGAAUAGAACUCCACGACGAGUACAACUCAUUACCCUUUCAAGUCCUAAACGGACAAAGAAGGAAUAGAUACAUUUUAUCCUAAUCAUACACGAAAGGAAUAGGUUGUACACAAUAUGUUAAGAGAUUUUAUUUUUAAUGGCGAACCUCAUUCAUGUACGUAAAUGUAAAAAGGGCGGAUAAAAAAAUAAGAAAAUAUCACA